AUGCAGAGCUCCAGAUCAUUCCUGUUCCAGGUGUGUCUGAGUCUGGUGAUUUCUAUUGGCUCCUGCACCUGUAAACCUCUCAAUAAUGACAUCCAGAGUGAAGACCCUGAGGGACUCUACUCUCAGCUGUCAGAGGAGGACCUCCUGGAGGAGGAAGACACCGACUCCAGGAUGGAGAACCUCCUGGGAACCAUGAAGGAGGGUUUUCUGAGGAAACUCAACCUGUCGGACGUUCCUCAGGAGCACAGCAAGAUCUCCCCUCCUCAAUUUAUGAUGGAGCUUUACGACAAGUACGCCUCGGACAGCUCGGCAAUCCCCCAGUCUGAUGUCAUACGAAGCUUCACCGUCCAAGAUGUCACUUUCUCUGUGACAAACGGCACGAAGUCAAAGCACAGGCUGCAGUUCAACGUCAGCAUCCCCAGCCACGAAAAGAUCACUACUGCUGAACUGCAGCUCUUCUUCCUCCCAGAUCCCAGGUCAGGGGUCGCCUCCCGCAACUACAAAGCCACCAUCAAAGUCUAUGAAGUGGAUUAUGACAGUUUCUCAUCCACUACCCAACUGCUAGUUGGUAAAGAGGUGACGGGCUUGCAGAGCACAUGGGAGACGCUGGACGUGACCACGGCUGUUCAGAGCUGGAUCAGGUCGAGCCCUGGAGCAAUUGUUUUUGAUGUGGUGGUGGAUAGGAAGGACUGUGGGGCUCCUAAAGGCGGAGAAGAGGGAGCAGGCUGUUUAAAUAUGAGCGUGUCUGUUGGGGAUAACACCUCAGCCGCUUUAAUCGUCUUCUCAGAUGACCUGGGUAGCAGGAGGAGGGAGACAAAGAAGGAAUUAAGAGAGAUGAUCCUCCACGAGGAAGAAACCAUCUUACACUCCGGCGCUGACUGGAACAGAGGAGAUCAGCUUCCAAACCAGAUCCCAGAGGCUCAGCAUCCGCGGAGGAAGAAAAGAAAGGCAGAGCGGGAAUACUGCCGACGGACCUCUCUCAAAGUGAACUUUAAGGACAUCGGCUGGGACAGCUGGAUCGUGGCGCCUCCGGAAUAUGACGCCUUCGAAUGUCGAGGCCUGUGUUACCACCCGCUGACGGACGAAAUGACCCCGUCAAAACACGCCCUCAUCCAGACACUGAUGAACAUCAGGGAUCCCAAGAAGGCCAACAUGGCGUGCUGCGUUCCCAUCAAACUGGACCCCAUCACAGUCAUGUAUCAGGAGAACGGACGCCUCACUAUAAGAUACCUUUACGAAGAGAUGAAGGUGGCAGAGUGUGGCUGCAGGUAG